CCACCCAUGAAAUGCAGAGAUAGGACUUCUUGAUAAAAUGCUGCUCACACAAAAGAGUCUCAUCUCCAACAUCACCACAUUCUCUUCUCAUCUGCUUCUGAAGAAUAAUGGCAGAAAAUUCGGAACAACAAUGGCUAAAAAGAGAGAUUUACCUGAGACUUCACGGAUCCAACAACAACCCAUUUUCCCAUUGAAAGUUUCAAAUACAAUUGUUGCUCGAACUGCUGUUGCAGUGUUGGGAUUGGGAUUCGUCGAUGCCGGGUACAGCGGAGACUGGUCAAGGAUUGGAGCUGUUUCAAAAGAGAUUGAGGAUUUGCUCAAACUUGCAGCUUUUGUAGUAGUUCCUUUUUGCCUUUUUCUAAUAUUUUCCUUCUCAAAGGAAGACGAGGCUUGAAUCUUUUGAAUGACAUGUAUAUUUUAAGCUACUUUGAAUGUCAUGUAUAUUUUAAACAGA